GCACUGCCAUGAACCAGUUCCAGACCAUCCUGACUCACGUCCGGAUGCUGCUGUCCAGCCACUGGCCGAGCCAGGUACAGGCCCUCCUGGACAGUAUGCUGGCAGAGGAGCUUCUCUCCAGGGAGUACUACUGCGCCCUGCUCCAGGAGCCUGAUGGCGAGGCUCUGGCCAGGAAGAUCUCCUUGACCCUGCUGGAGAAAGGAGACCUGAACUUGGCCCUCUUGGGGUUGGCCUGGAGUGGGCUGCAGGCCCCGGCAGCUGAGAGGGACCCUGGCUACAAGGACCCUGGUGGCAGUGGACAGUGUGCUGCUAUGGAGUUGGGGCCACUAGAAGGCGGGUACCUGGAGCUUCUCAACAGCAAUGCUGACCCUUUCCAGCUCUACCACUUCUAUGACCAUAUGGACCUGGCUGGAGAAGAAGAAAUCGAGCUCUGCUCAGAACCCGACACGGACACCAUCAACUGCGAACAGUUCAGCAAGCUGUUGUGUGACAUAGCAGGUGAUGAAGAGACCAGAGAGGCAUAUGCCAAUAUCGCGGAACUGGACCAGUACGUGUUCCAGGACUCCCAUCUGGAGGGCCUGAGCAAAGACAUUUUCAUCGAGCACAUAGGAUUGGAAGAAAUGAUCAGCGAGAGUGUGGAGGUGCCGGAGGAAGCAGGGCAGAAAAGUCAGAAAAGACCCUUCCCCGAGGAGCUGCCGGCUGACCAGAAGCACAGAAAGCUAGCCGAGCCCCCCGCUGUGCCCCUGGUGACUGGCAGUUUCCUGGUGGGACCAGUGAGUGACUCCUCGACUCUGCCCUGUCCAUCACCGGCUGCUCUGUUUAACAAGGAGCCGGAAUCCAGCCAGACCCGGCUGGAGGAAACCGUCCUGACGCCCGUGCCCCCCUCCAGUUCCUUGUUGAGCUGCCUGAGUCUCCCUGCUGGACCCAUCCAGAUCAUCCCCACACUCCCCACUCUGCCCCAGGGGCUCUGGCAAAUCUCAGGGGCUGGGACAGGGGUCUCCGGCGUGUUCAUCUACCAAGGCGAGGUGCCCCAGGCCAGCCAGGUGCCCCCUUCCAGCAGCCCAGCUGUCCACGGCCUCCCGAAGUCCCCAGACCGGCCCGGUUCCACCAGCCCCUUCGCCCCAUCGGCAGCUGACCUCCCCGGCAUGCCCGAACCAGCCCUGACCUCCCGGGCCAAUGUGACAGGUAAGGACGAGGUGUCCCCCACCCAAUGCUCGGCAGCUCGCGACGUCCCCAGCAAGCCUCCAAAAUGGCCUGAGAGUGUGGAGCAGUUCUGCCGCUCGCUACAGGACAAGCACCAGGCCGAGCCCGCAGGCCCGGACGGCAUCCUGGUGGAGGUGGACCUGCUGCGAGCGCGGCUGGAGAGGAACAGCAGCAAGAGCCUGGAGAGGGAGCUGGCCACCCCGGACUGGGCGGAGCGGCAGCCGGCCUGCGGGGGUCUGGCCGAGGUGCUGCUGGCUGCUGGAGACCGGCGGCGGCCGCGUGAGACGCAGGUUAUUGCUGUGCUGGGCAAAGCAGGACAGGGGAAGAGUCGCUGGGCCCGGGCGGUGAGCCGGGCCUGGGCCUGCGGCCGGCUGCCACAGUACGACUUCGUCUUCCACCUCCCCUGCCACUGUUUGGACCGUCCGGGGGACACUUACCGCCUGCGGGAUCUGCUCUUCUCGCUGGGCCCGCAGCCUCUGCCGGUGGACGACGAGGUCUUCAGCUACAUUUUAAGGAGGCCGGACCGCGUUCUGCUCAUCCUGGAUGCCUUCGAGGAGCUCGAAGCCCAAGACGGCUUCCUGCACAGCGCGUGCGGCCCCGUGUCCCCGGAACCCCGCUCCCUCGGGGGGCUGCUGGCGGGCCUCUUCCAGCGCAAGCUGCUGCGCGGCUGCACCCUGCUGCUCACGGCCCGGCCCCGGGGCCGCCUCGCCCAGAGCCUGAGCAAGGCUGAUGCCCUGUUCGAGAUGGCGGGCUUCUCAGCCGAGCAGGCCGAGACCUACGUGAGGCGCUACUUUGAGCUUUCGGGGGGCACUGAGCGCCGGGAGAGAGCCCUGGCGCUCCUCCGGGACCAGCCGUUUCUGCUCGGGCACAGCCACAGCCCCACGGUGUGCCGGGCGGUGUGCCAGCUCUCCGAGGCCCUCCUGGAGCGGGGCGAUGAGGCCGAGCUGCCCUCCACGCUCACCGGACUCUACGUCGGCCUUCUGAGCCCAGCAGCCCGCGACAGCCCCCCGGGGGCCCUGGCGGCGCUGGCCAAGCUGGCCUGGGAGCUGGGCCGCAGACACCAGGGCACCCUGCGGGAGGACCAGCUCCCGUCUGCCGAGGUGAGGGCCUGGGCUGUGGCCAAAGGCUUGGUGCAGCCCAUCCCGGGGGCCCCGGAGCCCGAGCUGGCCUUCUCCAGCUUCCUCCUGCAAUGCUUCCUGGGGGCCGUGUGGCUGGCUCUGAGCGGCGAAAUCAAGGACAAGGAGCUGCCGCAGUAUUUGGCACUGACCCCGAGGAAGAAGAGGCCCUAUGACAACUGGCUGGAGGGCGUGCCACGCUUUCUGGCCGGGCUGGUCUUCCAGCCUCGCGCCUGCUGCCUGGGCGCCCUGGCGGGGCCGGAGGGGACCCCCUUGGCGGACAGGAAGCAGAAGGUGCUCACCAGGUACUUGAAGCGGCUGCAGCCGGGGACGCUGCGCGCAGGGCGGCUGCUGGAGCUGCUGCACUGCGCCCACGAGGCGCGGGACGCCGGGCUUUGGCAGCACGUGGUGCAGGGGCUCCCGGCCCGCCUCUCCUUCCUGGGCACCCGGCUCACGCCUCCCGACACCCGCGUGCUGGGCAGCGCCCUGGAGGCAGCGGGCCGACACUUCUCCCUGGACCUCCGCAGCACUGGCAUUGACCCCUCUGGACUGGGGAGCCUCGUGGGACUCAGCUGUGUCACCCGUUUCAGGGCCGCCUUGAGUGACACGGUGGGGCUGUGGGAGUCCCUACAGCAGCGUGGGGAGGACGAGCUACUCCGGGCGGCGGAGGAGAAGUUCACCAUCGAGCCUUUCAAGGCCAAGACCGUGAAGGAUGUGGAAGACCUGGGCAACCUUGUGCAGAUCCAGAGGACAAGAAGUUCCUCAGAAGACGUAGCUGGGGAGCUCCCUGCUAUCCGGGGCCUACAGAAGCUGGAGUUUGCGCUGGGCCCCGUCCUGGGCCCCCAGGCGUUCCCCAGACUGGUGGGGCUCCUCGAGGCCUUUUCCUCCUUGCAACAUCUGGACCUGGACUCGCUGAGCGAGAACAAGAUCGGGGACGAGGGUGUCGCCCAGCUCUCGGCCACCUUCCCACAGCUGACGGCCCUGGAGACGCUCAACCUGUCCCAGAACAGCAUCACCGAUGUGGGCGCCUGCAAGCUCGCCGAGGCCCUGCCCUCGCUGGCUGCGUCCCUCCUCAGGCUGAGCUUGUAUAAUAAUUGCAUCUGUGACGUGGGAGCUGAGAGCCUGGCACACGUGCUUCCAGACAUGGUGUCCCUGCGGGUGCUAGAUGUCCAGUACAACAAGUUCACAGCCGCGGGGGCCCAGCAGCUCACGGCCAGCCUGAGAAAGUGCCCUCACGUGGAGACGCUGGCGAUGUGGACGCCCACCAUCCCGUUUGGUGUCCAGGAACACCUGCAGCAGCUGGACUCCCGGAUCAGCCUGAGAUGAUCCCGGCUGUGCCCAGGACAAGGUAGCUGGGGUGGGCUUGGGAGGCAGAAAUGCAGGGGCCCCUGGGGUGAG